GAAAUUAACUAUAGUGAUGUGUCACGAACUUUACUAGUCUGGUUUCUAAUAUUUUCAGUCGUAGUUGGAUUUGCGUCUUUCUUCAUUUUGCAUUGCAUCGAAACGUCCAGGCCAAAGCGCAUGAACACCUUGAUGACAUCAUGAUGUUAACACAUUUGAAAAGCUCGCUUCAAGGAAAUCGAAGUUUGGUCACCUUAUUUAAAACUGUGACUCACGACAAGGCCAAUUUGCGAAAAAUAUGCAGCUCGCUAAAAUUGAAUAAAAUCAUAACCAUAAUGAACGAUGACGAUUUUAUGAGCAAAGUCAUGAACUCUGAUAAUCCAGUCAUCGUCAAUUUUCAUGCAGAGUGGUGCGAGCCUUGUCAUAUACUUACACCUAAGAUGAAGCAACUAAUUGAACCCAAAGACAACAUUGAUCUUGCCAUUGUCGAUGUUGAAAGUCAUGCCGAACUAGUUCAUACCUUCGAAGUGAAAGCUGUUCCUGCUGUGAUAGCGGUGAAAAAUGGAUUGGUAGUUGAUAAAUUUAUUGGUCUUGUUGACGCUAACAUGAUAGAAAGUUUAAUUAGUAAAUUAGAUAAAAAGUCAUAAUCACUGUGGCGAGUCGAACCUUUGGUUAUUUUGUAGUAAAUGUAAUCUUUAUAUACUUGAAUUGUUUAGAAUUGCUUGGUUUGGACUCGCCAUUAUUUUAUAUUACUUAAAUUUCAAUUUGUUAAUAGUUACUGUAGUUAGGUGUAAAGUUUAUAUGGUAGAUCAAUAUAUGGGGUUGCCACAAUGUUUUCCA